CCUGCCGCGUUCUCUUGCCACCCUCCACCGACCCACUGGCCCUGGCUGGCCCAGAGCCCUGCCCGGGUGGACGACUUGGCAUGGACAAGAGCGCCUCCGAACACGUGCAGAUCGAUGGCUCAAGGGGCGAGGAAGGGCUGGGAUGUUGGUGGUCGGUAGGCAGGCAGGGUGGGUGGGACCCCUCUCCGCCCCCCCGCCCCGCCCCCCGCCCAACUCCCUUGAGAAAGGAAACGCGGUCCAAGUUCUGGAUGCAGAGUCCUUUGGGGGUGACGAAUGUCUGGAAGAGGAUGAGGAGGAGCUGGAGGCCGGCCUGGAAGACCCUGAGAGCGGACCGGCAGGGAAGUUCAUUCCGGGUGGGCGCGCUUGCUGCAUCCUGACCCGCCGCGGAAUCACCUUGCGGGUGCUGCUGAAAGAUGGCCUGAUCGAGCCAGGAGAAGGGGUGCUCUCUAUUUACUACCUGGGAAAGAAGUUCUUGGGUGACCUGCUGACAGACGGGAAGAUCGUUUGGCAGGAGACAGGCCAAGUCUUCAAUUCGCCAAGCGCCUGGGCGACCUAUUGCAAGAAGCUGGUCAAUCCGGCAAAGAAAUCUGGGUGUGGCUGGGCGUCUGUCAAGUACAAGGGACAGAAGUUGGACCAAUACAAAGCCGUCUGGUUAAAGAAGUACCAGCCCAACGCCCCCCCUGCAGAGGAGGGCUUGGUGAGUGAAGGAGAGGAGGAAGAACUUGCUGACGAUGAAGAAGAAGAAACUAAAGGAAUGAAAUCCUCCCUCUCGGAAUCGAUGCUGGACAGGAAGCUGGAGGAGAAAAACCGGAAGCAUCCCAGCAAAAGUCUGGCAGAAUCGCUUGAUAGCGGCAAAAGACUGGAGAGCAAGAUUUGUGUGCCUGUACGCUACUGCAGUCUGGGGAGUCGGGAUUCGGCCAGGAAUCCCCACACCCUGGUAGAAGUGACGUCCUUUGCAGCCCUGAACAAAUUCCAGCCGUUCAACGUUGCCCUUUCCAGCAACGUCCUCUUACUCUUGGAUUUCCACAGUCACUUAACCAAGAGUGAGGUGGUUGGCUAUCUGGGCGGCCGGUGGGAUAUCAACAGCCAGUUACUGACGGUGCUGAGGGCAUUCCCUUGCCGGUCGCGCCUCGGAGAUGCAGAGAUGGCAACCGCCGUGGAGGAGGAGAUCUGCCAAAACCUCUUCAUGCGAGGGCUGUCCCUGGUGGGGUGGUACCACAGUCACCCCUUCAGCCACGCCCUGCCGUCCCUCCAGGACAUAGACACACAAAUGGAUUACCAGCUCAAGUUACAAGGAACUAACAACAGUUUCCAGCCCUGCCUGGCCCUCAUCUGUGGUCCUUACUACCCUGGCAACCAAGGCACGGAGUCGAAGAUCGCGCCCUUCUGGGUGAUGCCCCCUCCAGAGCAAAGACCUUAUGAUUAUGGCAUCCCCAUGGAAGUGGAAGCCACUUACAUCCAGGACGGCUUUUUGACCAACGACGUUCUUCAGGAGAUGAUGCUGCUGGUGGAGUUUUACAAAGGAGCUCCUGAUUGGGUGAAGUUUCAAGACAAGUGGGGUCCGGAACAGACGUAUCUGGAUAAGCUAAAGGCCUCCCUAGCUGCUCGCACACCCAAGGACCAAGGAUUUGGGCACAUUUUGGACCAGGUCUACAGCCUCCUCAAACACAACAGCUGAAGCAGCAGCAGCAGAAGAAAUAUGCUCAAGAACUCAAUUGCACAGCUGGGGCCAUGACCCGGGUGCCUGCCCAGGAACCACAGACGUGUUGUAGAGGUGGUUGCUAGCACUGUGGUCUUUUCUUUUUUUAAGAGGAAGAUUUUCCUGACCUCGAACGUUCAUCGAAGGUCCCUGGGCAGCUGGGCAUCCCCCCACUGGCUGAUCGGCAGGAGCACCAUGAAGUUGCCUGUGUCUUGGACUCACGUUUGCAUUGUGGCCACCUGCAGUGUGUAGCCACGUGGACACAUUUCUCCAUGGGGGAGAACGAGUGGGUUGAUCCUUCUGAUAUUCAGGGGGCCCCGUUUGGGGUCUGAGUUCCAUGGCAAAUAUUCUCAACCACCCCGGGGGCUCCUUGGUGAUCAUGAUCGGCCCAUUUCUGGUUUGAUCCUGCCAUGUCUCCGGGUCGACAUGUGGGAUCCUCCCCCCCCCUUCUCAUUCUCCCCUCCCUCUUAAUUACCGUGGUUGGCUGUACUUUCUCGCUUUUCAUGCUUUCACUUCCCGGGCAAUGCCUGAUCAGCAGAUUAGACGCCUGCUGUUGUAGUUCUUUCAGUGUUGUGGAAUGUAGGUUGUUUUGCCCCUGGGGGAGGCUGCCUUGUUUCUGGACUGUGGGGUGCUGUCCCCCCCCCCCCAUGGGAACUGGUAGUCAGGGACGUGGGGGCACGAUGUGGGCUAUAAUGGCGGGUGCUUUGCUGCUUUUGCUUUAGUUCUGGCAAUCGAGGUCUAAACGCUUAUUCCUGAUGCUGUUUUGUAAUAGAGAAAUCAACUGAA